AUGGGGUUUCAGAAGAUAAGGGUUGACAACCCCAUCGUCGAAAUGGAUGGGGAUGAAAUGACCCGAGUGAUUUGGAAACUGAUAAAAGAUAAGCUUAUUCUCCCUUAUUUGGAGCUGGAUAUUAAGUAUUUUGACCUUGGCCUUCCUCACCGGGAUGCCACUAAUGAUAGGGUUACCGUUGAAAGUGCUGAAGCUACACUCAAGCAUAAUGUAGCUAUCAAAUGUGCUACCAUAACUCCAGAUGAAACUCGUGUCAAGGAGUUUAACUUAAAUCAAAUGUGGAGAAGUCCAAAUGGAACGAUCCGGAACAUUUUAAAUGGUACAGUUUUUAGAGAGCCAAUUAUCUGUAAAAACAUCCCUCGUCUUGUUUCAGGCUGGACAAAGCCGAUAUGCAUCGGAAGACAUGCUUUCGGAGACCAAUAUCGUGCAACAGAUACAGUUAUAAAAGGACCAGGAAAGCUAAAAUUGGUGUUCGCUCCCGGUGGUGGUGAAGGAAUUAAAGAGCUAGAAGUCUAUAACUUUACUGGUGCUGGAGGCAUAGCUUUGUCCAUGUAUAAUACUGAUGAGUCCAUUCGAGCUUUUGCUGAGGCUUCAAUGAACUUUGCUUACCAGAAAAAAUGGCCUCUCUAUCUUAGCACCAAAAAUACCAUUUUAAAGAAAUAUGAUGGAAGAUUCAAGGACAUUUUCCAGGAAGUUUUUGAGGCACAAUGGAGCCAUAAGUUCAAGGCUGCAGGGAUAUGGUAUGAACACCGUCUUAUAGAUGAUAUGGUUGCUUAUGCUCUUAAAAGUGAUGGAGGUUAUGUAUGGGCCUGCAAAAAUUAUGAUGGUGAUGUGCAGAGUGAUUUCUUAGCUCAAGGAUUUGGUUCUCUUGGCUUGAUGACAUCAGUGCUGGUUUGCCCAGAUGGGAAAACCAUUGAAGCAGAGGCAGCCCAUGGCACUGUCACCCGUCAUUAUCGGGUUCAUCAGAAAGGUGGUGAAACCAGCACAAACAGUAUUGCUUCAAUUUUUGCCUGGUCACGAGGUCUUGCACACAGGGCAAAGUUAGAUGGAAAUGCUAGAUUGUUGGAGUUUACGGAGAAACUGGAAGCAGCUUGCAUUGGAAUAGUUGAAUCGGGAAAGAUGACAAAGGAUCUUGCACUUCUUGUUCAUGGACCUAAGGUUUCUAGAUCCCGGUAUUUGAAUACUGAAGAGUUCAUUGAUGCUGUAGCUGAGGCGCUGCGAACAAGUUUAUUUUCACAAUCAAAGCUGUAG